AUGUCUCAUCACGCAGGUGUCAAGCCCAUCACGGCCGCACCUGAAGACGCACAAGACGACGUCAAGAAAGCGCCAACAUGCGACUACGACGUAGAAACUGCCAGUGAGCGAGUCGGCUACAGUCAAACCACUGAUCAGCAAGAUGCCACUUUGAACGGCGUCUUUGGCGCUGCUGCUGCCGCUGGUGGCGAACAGUUUCGCGUGUUGGGGAAGUGGAAAACGGGCAUCGUGUUGAUUCAUACCGAGGUUGGAAUCGGCAUUCUUGCCUUGCCGUCAGUUCUCCAACGCAUCGGCCUCAUUCCCGGUCUCAUCGCAAUCCUGGGCAUCGGAGCUUUAUCCACUUACACGGCAUAUGUUCUCCUACUAUACUGGAAGAGGUACCGCCACAUCGAUAACCUCCCGGACGCGCUGCAAGUUCUUGGCGGCAAGGUCUUGGCGACUAUUGGUGCCGUCGGUCUCAUCAUCAACCUCAGUCUUGCUUGUGCCUCGGCGUGUUUGGCUAUCAGCGUCGCUCUCAACACACUCACAGGACACAGCAUGUGCACGGUGUCAUUCAUUGGAUUCGCGGCGUUGAUAUGUUAUGUAUUGUGUAUUCCAAGGAAAAUGAAUUUCGUUGCUUAUUUCUCAUGGCCUGCCACGUUUGGCAUAUUUGUCCCAAUCUUCAUAGUUGUUAUCGCCUUGGCCGUAGCCUCACCACAACUCGCGCCUCCCGGAGCCGACAUCAAAAUCAAGUUGUGGGGGAACCCAACUUUCCAAGAAGGAUUCACCGCUAUUCUCAGCAUCUGCUACUCCUUUGGUGGCAGGCAAGGCUUCUUUACUGUCAUGGCUGAGAUGAAAGACCCAGCGAAGGAUUACGUCUCCGCUCUGGUCAUUUUGCAGUCUUUUGCCAUCCCCAUCUAUCUCAUCACUGGAGGCGCCAUUUAUGGACUUGCCGGCGACUAUGUCACAUCCCCUGCCAUUGGAACAGCUCCUUUGCUCCCAGCCAAGGUAUCGUACGGCAUUCUCCUCUCGACUCUUUUCUGCACAGGCCUAUUUUACGGUCACGCCGGCAUCAAGUAUCUCUUUGUGGUAACCAUGCGCGACCUGCUCAAGAUCCCACACCAAAUGACAACCAACACCGUCAAGUCAUGGAGCAUCUGGGUUCUCCUGGGAACGGGCUUCUGGAUCUUGGUUUUCGUACUCGCGAACGCUAUUCCCGUCUUCAACUCUAUCAUUGCUGUGUCAUCUGCCUUGCUAGUUGCCUGGUUCUCAUUCGGAUUGCCUGGAAUAUUCUGGCUGCAUCUCAAUUGGAAACAACAAUUUUCUAGCAAGCGCAUGAUCGCGCUGUCCUGUUUGAAUUGGGGACUUGUGUUCAUGGGCGCGUUCCUCAACACAGCGGGUAUGUAUGCGUCGGUUGAUACGUUGGUGAAGCUGUUCUCGGACCCAGAGAGUACAAUCAAUGGGCCCUUUUCGUGUGCUGAUAAUAGCCUGUUUUGA